AUGCAGGAUAUCUCGGUGCCGCUGCACCAGCAGAGAAUCUGUCCCAGCUAUGGCACGCCCCCGGGUGACAACUCCGCUCCAAACGAUGACACUCCUGGAGACGACACCACCCCCGGCUCAUAUCCUCCUGCCCCUCAGUAUACUCAGCCCUGGGGCUCACCGAGCACCGCUGCGCCAUCAACCAACGACUACCCCGCUGGCUACGGACAGGGCUAUGGCUAUGGCCAUGGCUACGGCAAUGACUCUCCUUCCGGCUCCGGUGCGGCUGCUGCUGCCUCUGCCCCCUCAGUCGCCGACUCCGAGUAUUAUUAUGAUGGCAAGACUGAUUACGUUGAAACUUCUGAUGUGAAUAUUGACGAUGAUGGCGUUGCCGUCGCUACAGACAGCGAGGGCGACGUGUGUUACUUAUAG